AUGUCCUCAGCUGCAGCAUCGGCAUCUACAUCAAUCACAGCUGGAGUUGCUUCUGCUGCCCAGGAAGGCUCCGAAGGUUUUGUACCAGGAAGAUCCCAGUUUACACAGUCUACACGUGAACUACUACCAUUUAUUGCAAACUCGAGCAUUGACUUGAUCGAGGACCAAAUGUGGUCAAACUCAAUGCUAAAUCUCGGCAAGAUUGAUCAGUUUUAUGGUAUUUCCAUAAGUGCGUACCUUACCCAGGGUCAAAUUAAAUUUAUCUUAUGCUACGACUCAAAUAAAGAAGAGAUUAGCAUAAAACAAUUCUUUCAGGAUGUCAAUGACUUGUACGUGAAAACACUCAUGAACCCAUUCUACAAAGUCAAUGACGCUAUUAUAUCACCAGAUUUUGACUUUAAAGUCAAGUUGAUUGCAAAGAAAUAUUUGUAG